UGACACAGCAGCUACAGAAACUGAUGAUGUGGCAAAAGUCUUUUUUCUUUACUGGCAAAUCAGAAGGGGGCUAAGGCUAUUAUUUCACUUCGCCUUUCCACAAGGCUCCUCACCACAAAACAUGGCUUAGAGACAUCUUUUGUUCCUCCAUCUGGGUUAGGCUGUUCCUCAGAUGAUUUCACCAGCGAGUAACUUGCUGCCCGCUACAACUUGAGCUUCACGGACUUCCAAAGAGUAAGUUUGCUUGGAUACAACCUACAAAUUUAACCAUGGGAAUUCUGAGCCAACUAUCAAUCAUUCACGUCCUUUGGGCUGCUACAGUCUUUUGUCAAUAUGUAGACUAUGAUUUUGAGGAUGAAUAUGAUGACGUGCCAGAUCAACACCCAUUUUAUUUUAAUCCAAGUACACAAGAUGAAGUUCCUCGCUUUCCUUUUCCAGUUGAGUGUGCCAGAGAAUGCUUUUGUCCACCAGCUUUUCCAUUAUCAAUGUACUGUGAUCAUCGUAAACUUAAGAUGAUACCAAAUAUCCCUAGUCACGUCCAACAACUUUAUCUGCAAAGCAAUGAUAUUGAAGCUGUGCCUGCAGGACCAUUCUCUAAUGUUACCUUCCUAAGAGAAAUUAACCUCAGCCAUAACAAAAUCAAAUUUCAUAUGAUCGACCAUGGCGUUUUUGCCAAACUUCCAAACUUACUGCAAAUUCAUUUACAACAUAAUGAAUUAGAAGAAUUUCCAUUCCCACUCCCUAGCUCUCUAGAGAGACUCUUCCUUGGUUUCAAUAAGAUUUCUCAGCUAUCUGGAAAUGCACUGGAAGGAUUACCUAACAUAACCAUGCUUGACCUUUGCAAUAACUUUCUUGACGACUCAGUACUCAAAGGAAAACCCUUUUCAAACAUGAAAAAUUUAAUGCAGCUAAACUUAUGCAACAAUAAAUUGCAGACUAUGCCCCCUGAUCUACCAUCAUCACUUAUGUAUCUCUCUCUUGAAAAUAACUCAAUUUCUUAUGUUCCAGAAAACUAUUUCAACAGACUUCCGAAAAUCAUUGCGCUAAGAAUGUCUCGCAAUAACCUGCAGAACAUUCCACGCAACACUUUUAAUCUACCCAACCUUCUGGAACUUAAUCUUGGACAUAACAAAUUGAAACAAGUUUUCUAUAUUCCAAGAAGUUUGCAGCAUUUGUAUAUCGAAGACAAUGACAUUGAAUUCAUAAAUGUUACUUUGAUGUGUCCAUCUAUCGAUCCACUGAACACCAACCAAUUAACCUAUAUACGAGUGGACCAAAAUAAGCUUACAGUUCCAAUCAGCACAUAUGCUUUCUUUUGCUUCCCUCACAUUCGAACCAUUUAUUAUGGUGAACAAAAUAUUAAUGCCAACAAAUCAACUCAACUAAGAAUGACUGUGUUCCGACGAUUUUUAACACCAGAAGAAUACCAUGAAGCAGAUGACGACAAUGAAAUACAGGAUCACGAAACUGAAGAAGAUCAUGAAGCUGAAGACAACUAUUUUCAUCCAUACUUUCAGUGAAGUAAUCAUCAUUAAUGAGAAUAUAUAGAAAGUGUUACUUAGUUGUAGGAUAUUCAUAUCCACUAUAGAACAGUAGGAUAGUUUGAGAUAUUUAAGAUACAUCUAUAAAGUGGAGAUAAGAUUUUAGUGUAGGUAAAAGCCUGUUAUUGAUGAAGUAAAAAUCAUAAUACUAGGAGCAAAGAGCACCUCAGCAUUAGUUAGCAACCUAAUACACAACCUGGGUUGAUGAUGGACCCAUCCUUAGGAUGAGCAGCGUUAAGUUGAAGAAAAUAGGCCUGAAAAAGCUUUUAUGUUCUAAAGUGAUCCAGCUUGCAAAAUUAUUAAAAUACAAAUUAAUGUCAUGCUCAAUAGCAACAAGUGAAUAAGGCAAACAUCUGUCCAGCUACACACUAGAGAAAACAAGAGACAGACACGCUAGAGAAAAUAAGAGGGUGAGAUCACAGAGAUGCUUCCACAAGGUUCCUUCACAACUUCCAGAAAUAAAGAUGUUUCUUCUUCCAAUUUCUAAUUUGACAGGGAAAAAAAUCCAACUGAGUUUCAAAUCUGCCUCAUAUUAUGUUUGCAGUGCCCUGCCAACACGUAUUAUAACACAUACUUCUCAGCUUGUACCUCAACUACCACAACUCAUUCAAAUCAAAGGAGAUUGUAGUUUACUAGUAAUAUAGGCAACAAAUGACCACUUAGAAUUUAGGGAAAAUUAUGUGCAUUAACACAACUGAACCACUAGCAUUUACAUUUCACCUAUGCUUUUUCCAUUAUUUUAGAAGGCAAAUUAAAAUGUGUUUGUUCUUUUUAUUAUAAUUGUUCAUAAUGUAGCACUGGUAUAAAUAGUAGCUUUUUUUUAACUAUUAAUUUAGACUAUUCCUCUCCAUAAUUCAUACCCAUUAGCUAUACUCUUUACAGUAGAACAAAAAUUGAUUAAAGCAAUCUAAAGAAAAGUACUACAUACUAUUCAAGCUAUGCAGGGUUUUUUUUGUUAUGUCUUAUGCCUAGAACAGAUCCAAAUAUCUACAGGGUAGGGUAAUACUAAAGGGCACUUGACUGCUUUCAUUUUAUUUAAAGUCUUUAUUGUUCAGUAUUUUGUUCCUGAUAAAUCUUUGUUAGCUGUGAGGAAGGAUCACAAUUUUCGACAAGAAAAACAAGUGAUAGCACAAAGUGGAACCAUACAUCAUACUACCAACUUUGUUUUAAGCAUACAAAACCUAAAAUGUGGGCAAACUUGUAUUAGUAUUUCUAAAACCUUUCAGACAGGUUUGGUUGUUACUUUUGCAAUUUCAGUAAUUUUUGGAAAUCCAUCUUAGUUUUUUUGGUUUCUGAUACAACAACUACAGUAUUAACAAAAUGAAAAUACUUACUGACACUUUCUUUUAAUGGAAAGAAAUUCCCCAUAAGCCCAUGGUUAUAACCUUUAAGAAUAUAUACAGCCUUUAAGAACAACUGGUGUAAAAAUUAGUGGAUACAAAUUUUACUAUACCAUUAUCAAGUUGUGGGCCUUCAGUCAACCCAAGUAAUUGAUUCUUUCUAUCUUUUCCCUUUUUUUAUUUACUUUCUGAACAGAUAUAAUAUUAAUGGUGAAACAUUUUAUUCUUACCCCACACAUUUACAGUGCUGCAGUACCAGCCUCAAGUACUUCUGGCUUCAUGAAGGAGGAAUAUAUGUUCAUUAUUUAAAUAGUGUUACUUACAGUAUAUACACAUCUAUAACUUUAUAAUUCUAUUAAUAGAAACAUGUUGCAUACUAAGGAACCUUUAUAAAUUUUCAACUACUUCAGAUUUUAAGCAUAAGUGAAUAGAGCACAAAAUGCAAAUCUAAACUAAUAGAGGCUCUUUUGAAAGGCUUGCUGAGCUUUUAAAAAGCUAUUCAUUUACAUUAUUCAAAUAUAGUACAAGUAUCGUAUCUUAUCACAAACUUUCUUUUAAAAAACAUUUCUGAAGCAAAAUGCAGCUUUAAAGUGGAAUUAAAGAUACUGACUUUGUAGAAAUUAGUUAUAUUCACUUCUUAAAGUUUAAAUAUAAGUCAAACCAAUAAUAAUUGAAAACUUUCUAGCUGUCUUAUUACACUAAUCUCAUUCAUAUGGAACAUAGAAUUGUAUUGCACUUUUCAUUCAUUAGUAUUAUCACAUCUCAUCUGUGGCAAAUACAAUGCUUAUUUAAUAAAGAUUUUAGGGUUCUCAAGGAACAAAAUACUUCCUAAUCUUAUGUCUGUAUUAGAGACAAAAGAAAAAUAUAAUAAAGUUCAAAAUUAAUGGAAUAUCUAGAUAAAUAUUGUUUGCUCUGGUAAGGCAUAAUUACAUAUGGCAUAAUUAGAAAAAUAUCAGAGAAAGGCAGUAACAUCACCAAGAGUAAGGAAUAUUUUCUAUAAAAGCAACACUGAGUAGCCAGAACUGACCAGUUCAGAAAAAGAAAUGGCUAUGGGGAGAUACAGAAAUUAUCUGCAAAACUGAGUUGCAUAUGCAGCAUGGGUCUGGGGAUCAGCAGCUCCAGAGCAAGACCAAGGAGCCAUCAAAGGAAGCAAGUAUGUACCAGGUACAAAGUAGACAAACAAAAGUUUGCAAGCAAUGAACAGUCAGCCCAUUAAACUGGAUGCCUGGGAAAACAUUGGACACAGCAGCAAUUUCCUACAUUUCAAGGGAAGACUGGAUAAAUAAUUGCAUUUCUUGGAAGAAAGGUUGUUAAACAGACAAAGCACAGUAGGUACAAAAGUGCUGAGCUGAAAAUUGCUGGAGAAUGGAAGAAUAUUGGGACACAGGAUGAGACAAGAAUCAUGCAUGUUUAUCCUGUUCUCAGUCUUCCCAAAGCUUAUGACCACUGCUGAAGACAGGAUAUUCUAACACAAACCUUAAUUUUGAAUUCCACACCCCGUUCUAUGUUCUCACUAUCCUGGACUAAGUUAACAUGCUGGUAUUGCUCUUCACUAUUAAUAAAUUCUUAUUGCCUAGAUAUAGUUGAAUUUUAAACUUUUUUUUUUUUAAGCACUAUCAACUAUGGUUAGAUGCCAAGGCAUAGUCUAGUCAAAUUUGGGAACAGCAUGUGCUCCACGUUGCAGUGUUCUGUAGCAGAGAGGCUUCACUACUGAUUCAGGUACACAGAGCAGCACAGAUGUGUGCAGAGUUCUGCAUAAACCAAAUUAUACCGCUACAUAACCACAUAUAUUUUGCUAUUAAAACAUAUUUGCUUCAUGUUUCUACUGGUAUUUAUUCUCAGAAUAUUAAAGAGUCUUUUUAAGCAGGAAACAGAUUCAUAAACUGAGAACUAAACAUGUAUUAAAAUGCUUAUUUUAUCAGUAACAGCAAAACCUAAUGAGUAUUCAACAGCUUAACUGAUUUCUUCACAACAGAGUCAGUAAACAAAUACCUUUUUUUCUUCCCCACAAUCCAUCUCAUUGUAUGGUAUUUGUAGGGUAUUAUUGUAGGGUAUUGUAAAAAUUGAAAUAAAGAGAAGUAACAGUAGUUUAAUCUGACUGGUUACAUUUGGUCCUUAGGCCUCAAAACAGUGAGAAUGUAUUUCACCUUUUACCAUUUUGUGUUACUGAUGGUAUUUAAUACUUAUAAAGCUUACUCUGUGAGAUACUUACUUCAGUGUGCUGAUAAUAAAAGUUACUUGGAUUAGGAAAGAAACUCCUCUACAAAAACCA